AUGGCUGACGACAACAUGGAGGUGGAGAUCCUGGAAGGUCUCGAUAAGGAGCUGGGAUUUGUGGACCCCGAGGAGGUGGACAUGCCCGAGGAUCCACCCAGACCGGUCCCCUCACCGUUGGGAGCAGCGAAGGCAUUCCUCCGCCCGACGCCGAAUAACGCCGCCGGUUGCUCCACAACACCGUCCCCAGCGCUCGGACCGGCGAGACUACCAGGGACAACACCGCCCAGGGAGAAGGUCCCAUCCAGCACCAUUGAGUCCUGGGGAAAAACCGGAGUCAGUAAAAGGUACCUGGAGACGAAAGCAAGGAUACGGAAGGGAACACAAACACAAGAGCAACAAACCGACAAAGACGAGUACCUACCCCCAAACACCAGAGCCGUUGGGACUAUGGGCCCCCAGGUGUAUGUAGAGCUCCGCCCGGGUUUGUGUUGGAGGUGCGGCCAGGGGGAACACACCAGAGCCACCUGUAGCAGAACCCCCACCCUGUUCUGCAGCCGCUGUGGUCUGUUGGGCAACCUCUCCCGGGACUGUCCAUGUGGAGGUGCGAAGAAGAAAGAUCCAACCCCGUCUCCUACCGGUCCAGGAAACAAGGAGCUCCGUACCGCUCCAGUUCAGAAGAAGGAACCGCUUCCCCGGAAGACCGCUCCAGUUCAGAAGAAGGAACCGCUCCCCCGGAAGACGUCCAAGAAGACGACCCAGGCCUGUCCGAGGUGCCACUAUGUGGCCAAAACCUACGACAAAAAGUCCCGUUAA